AUGUCGCCUCUCAAUAUGAGCGCAUUGCCUUCGCUGCGCAAACAGCAGCUCCUUUCCGAAUUCGCUGGACUUAAGCAGGCUUGUCCAGAAGGGAUAUUCGUUAGUAUCACACCAGGAGAUGCCACGCUCUGGUCUGGCGUGCUCUUUGUUCGUAAAGGCCCCUAUUGUCCUGCUAUACUCAGGUUCUCAAUAUCCUUCCCCGAUUCGUAUCCUCAGCUUCCGCCCGUGGUGGUCUUCACAACAGACAUGUUCCACCCCCUCAUCACGCCUUUAACAACAUAUAUGUACACAACCGAUAUACAAGAAAGUGGUACCGUAAGCGCAUCGGACCAGGAGCGACUACCACCGGGCGGAUUCAGCUUGCGCCAUGGUUUCCCGGAUUGGUUCGGACGAGGUAGACGGAGCAUGGCAGAAGCGAAGCAUACGGACCAGCAACGGUUGACGAGUCCCGAUGCAGCAGCAGCUAGCAUUUCUACAACACCAGCAGUAGCGCCAGUUCCUUCGUACACGCGCACUGGCCAAAAGAGUGUUUCGGCUUACGAAGUCCUACACUACAUCCGCAGUGCCUUUGACGACGAAGCGGUUCUUGACUCGGUGCCUCUCACAGCAGCCGGAAACCCAGGGGCGUGGCACGCAUGGAGGACGCACCGAAAGGCGACAGGGAAGCUUGUAGAGGAUGAAGCGACUGAAGAAGCGCAAACUAGCGAAGAGAACGAUCAGCAACCUACGGAGAAUGCGAAACCUACACCUGCAGCGACGCCCAGACAGCCUGGAGAAUGGAAUUGGGAUGGCGUAUGGGAAGACAGAGUGAAGAAGAACGUUUCAUCCAGCUUAUCAGAACCCGUUCUGUACGGCGAAACGAAAACAUCUGAUGACUUGAUUAAAUUCCUUGAGAUGGAGGAUAACGAUAUCGAUUCGGUUAAGGAUAACCUUCGCCGAACACUUGGCCAGGCGUAA